GAGGAUUCGAUGCGAGGGAAUCGAUAGCCCAGGGGUUGUCGGGGGUUGCGGCGGGGUGGUGUCACUAUGGCGUCUCAUCUGGCGGGCGGGAGGCUCAACCUCGGCGUGCUUCGCGAAGCGGCGCGGAGGCGGCUGCUGCAGAUCCUCGACAAACUCUCGGGGAGCAAGGCCAUCGUGUGGGAUGAAAGCCUGACUGGACCUUUUGGCCUCAUCGCUGAAUACUCACUGCUAAAGGAGCAUGAAGUGGACAAGAUGUUUCCUCUGCGGGAGGAACGCCUGCCGCCACUGCCGCCAUCUCCUUCCCGACACGUGAUCUUCAUGCUACGGCCACGCGUGGAGCUCAUGCAGGUCGUGGGCACCAGUCUGCUCAAGGAAGAAGGCUGCUCCCCGGGCAGGGAGUACCACCUGGUGUGCGUGCCGCGCCGCUGCGUACUCUGCGAGCAGCAUCUGCAGCAGAUGGGCGUCUUCGGCACCUUUGCCACCAUCCAGGAAUAUCCCUUGGACUUCAUUCCUUUUGACAGUGACCUCAUAUCCAUGGAGAAUGAGUUUGCAUUCAGGGAAUGUCACUUGGAAAAUGAUUUCACAAGCUUGUUCCACGUUGCAAAAGGACUGAUGACCAUGCAGUCUCUUUAUGGCACCAUCCCAAAUAUCUCCGGAAAGGGAGAAUGGGCCAGGCGCGUCACCGACAUGCUGCUGAGGAUGCACCGCGAGAUGGCGGGGGUGCAGAUGCACAUGCCUCCUGCCAUCGACACGCUCCUCAUCAUCGACCGCAGCGUCGACCUGCUCACCCCCAUGCUCACCCAGCUCACCUACGAGGGCCUCGUCGAUGAAAUAUACGGCCUUCAGAACACUUCGGUCAAGCUUCCGCCAGAGAAGUUUCAGCCACGUAAGCAGGAUGGCGAAGCUGCCGCAGAGCUGCCCUCGGAGCCCAAGAAGCUGAUUUUGAAUUCGGCCGAGGAGUUAUAUGCGGAAAUCAGGGAUCGAAACUUCAACGCCGUGGGGGAGGUGCUGAGCCGCAAAGCCAGGCUCAUCACAGCCCAGUUUGAGGAAAGGCACCAAGCGAAAACCGUUGGGGAGAUAAAGGAAUUUGUUUCCAAGCUCCCGCACAUGCAAGCUGUGAAGUCGUCCCUCGCCACCCACACGUCCAUCGCAGAGCUUGUACAGGAGGUCACGCAUUCAGACACCUUCCUCGACUCAUUGGCUGUUGAACAAGAGUUCAUCGCCGGCAUAGACACCGAUAAGGCCAACGUUUACAUCGAGGAGGGCAUUGCACAGAAGCUGCCCUUGAUGCGCGUGCUGCGCUUGAUGUGCAUACAGUCGCUGUGCAACAACGGCUUAAAACCCAAACUGCUGGAAUACUAUCGGCGCGAGAUCAUACAGACGUAUGGGUUUGAGCACAUGCUCACCUUGUUCAACCUGGAGAAAGCCGGCCUGCUGAAGCUGCAGCCGCCAGGACGGAACAACUUCCCUACUCUCCGCAAAACCCUGCGGCUCCACCAAACCGACGUCAACGAAAGGGCCCCCACGGACGUAUCCUACGUGUACAGCGGCUACGCGCCGCUCUCCGUCCGACUGGCUCAGCUGAGCACGCGCCCUGGCUGGAGAGUCAUCGAGGAGGCCCUGAAGCUGCUUCCGGGGCCCGAGUUCCACGAGAAGCAACCGAUUCCAACGGGGCUCGCUCACAAACGCGAUACGGGGUCACGCAUCACCCUCGUCCUCUUCCUGGGCGGCGUGACGAGCGCCGAGAUCUCGGCGAUCCGCUUCCUCGGGCAGUCCGAGGACAGCAACACCGAUUACGUCAUUGGGACCACGAAGCUCAUCAACGGGACUUCCUGGCUGCAGUCUCUCGCGGAAAAGCUGGAGCCGAUCACCACGUGCCCUGCCAAAUGAAUAAUGCACGCCGCGCUACAAACAAUGCCAGACGAUUGAAAUUUUACCCGAGCCAAGGAUGGCUAGCAGUUGAACCUACUCCCUGGAUGGUAAAAAAGCCAUCCGCAUCAUCAGCCUCAAUAUAAAUCCACUGGUGAAUGAACGCCUUUCCAGGCCGUUGCCGUUGGUCAUAGUCUUGCGAUGUAUUCACCCAGCACCUGCAAAAGCAAACGAGUGGAGUUCAUCGUUCCACCUCCACGGUGGACGUUAUUCCUAGGUGUGUUCCCUCCGGUCCAGUGGACAUAAUCCCCUUUCGAGAUGCAUCCUACCCAGUUGCUUUGUUUAAGUCAGUAUGCCUUGAACCGCGGUGUAUGUUCUCUCAUCUGUGCGUUCUUGAUUGUCUCCAUAUGCCACUCUAAAAGUGUAGCGCUCAUUUCUUUUGCAACUUUUCAGUGAACAAUAAUGGCUUUUGCGCUAAUUUGAUGAAUUGGUUCCUAGGGUGCAUUGGGUUCAAACGCGUGCAGAAAACUGUGAUAUUUGUAAAUAUAAAUAAUUUCCAUCGGCUCUUAAAAUCACGUUUCAUGUGCCAAUUGUAGCCGAGGAUAAUGUGUGCAGCUCUGUUAUAAAACCAGUGCAGGACGAGGGCCUCCCCAUGCCAUUCGGGUCAUGAAGGUUAUCUGGCCAAACUUUACCCAACUGGUCAAUACGGGUUUUGUAGGGUGGGCAGCAUUCGACGUUGGCGUAUAGUACAAUGCGAUGAAUUUAGCUGCACUGCCCUCAUUGCUGAGAAGACAGACCCCUGAGCAGCUUACAACACACUUUUUAUGCAUGGUGGUCACCCAUCAAAGUGCUAUCAUGGCUCAACACUACUCGGCUUGUGAGAUCGAGUACAUUCUGGCGGUGGGGAUAAAGGGGCAGUAGCGGUUUUGAUUGGGGGUGGGGCUGCCAUACCAAAGUAUUGACUUAAGUUAUAACUGGCCUGGUAACCUACAGGUAGCAUGUAUCCCUUAAGCUUUUAAAACAUUGCUAAAUACGGCUAAAUGUAAAAGCACAGGCUGCUUAGACUUCAAAAGCAUUACUCAUUCACUUUUUGCACACAAUACAUGCCCCAUGGUCAGGUUCUGCUGUCAGCCCAGUCUAACAAUGUUUGGAAGUGCAUGUGGAAAAUUGCACUUCGCUCCCUGAGCAAAUGUCCCAAGUGUUAUGUAUAUACAGUGAUUGAAAAUACACAGCCACCACUUCCAAUAAUCACAACCAUCAUUGUUUAUUAUUUACAGUCAUUUUGAACAAUGUUUAUAUUUUUAAAUAGGUUGCGUUUAGAGCAGUAGGAUGGAUUCAUGUCCAAUUUGUGGUGCUGGCCACAACAUUAUCCUGGCUGUCUAUAUUGGUGCCGUCCAUCAUCAAAUAAUUACAAUUACCAGUUUGAGCUAGGUUAAUAAAGCUACAAAUGCC